UGAUCAUUCACCAGGCUUAAACUAUUAAAGCUUAACAUGAUCAAGGACACACAGUUUCAACUGAUAGUCAUAUUACUGAGUUGCUCAGUGCCUUUAGCCGUCGAGAUAAUUUCAUGGCCCCACUUGGCGAAAGGAAAGACCGGCGAACUUCCCAUUGUUGGAAAAUGCAUCGAUUGUAACAAUAUAGCCAAAGAACGAUCGCGUGUUGGAUUGAAGAUAAAACCUACAUGUAUCAUCGUGAAAGAGAAAGGAUGUAAGAAUCUAAAACCUCAGAAGAAUCUUUUGGUGGCGAGGGGAUCUCUGAAGGAUAACAAACCAGGAGAUUUUGUGGUUUUUGAAUGUGAACAGGGAUAUAAACUCAAAGGAAAACCCCGUAUGGAGUGUACUCGACGGAGAAAAUGGUCCCCAAAAAAGCUUCCGAAAUGUAAAAAGAUUCCAAGACCAAAAGUCAAGUUCAACACUAAUACUACUCGGGAACCUGGGCCAGUAUGCAUGUGGAGUGAUUGGACUCCAUGGAGGCAAAGUCCUUGCUCUGUGACGUGUGGGAACGGGAACGUGACAAAAAUACGAAAUAGGUCAGAAAUGUACGGGUUUUCGGAAACAGGGUCACCAGAAUGCAUUGGGGACGCUUUUCAAAUAAGACAUGUAUUGUGUAGCUGCGACCGACCUUGCAAAGCGUGUAUUUGGAGUGACUGGACGACGUGGACUCAAACUUACUGCUCGGCCACUUGUGGAGGCGGAACCCAGACUAAGACACGAGUUCGAACGAGAACAAAACUGUACGGUGUUUCAACGAACGGUCAGCCAGAAUGUUAUGGGGAGUCAAUUGAGCGUAUUGAUACACCAUGCUGUAUAGAUGAUCCGGAAUGCGCUUGGGGGCCUUGGACUGAGUGGAUGGAGUACGAAACAUGCGAAACAUAUGGAUUAUCUCAAUACCCGAACUGUGACCUACCAGGGAUGCAACCAGAAACAAGAAAUCGAUCAUGUAUUUGUAACGGAGAUAUCCAAGUGGGAAAUACACGAACUCAGCGCUGUAUAGGCCCUAGCUUAGAGCGUAGACUACAAGAAUGUUGUAUUUCUCUGACUUCACCCCAAGUUGUGACGUCUACACCAAGUACUACACAACCCUUAACCACCGUGCCUAGCAAAAAGGUGUUUAGAAAAAGAAAAAUGAUGGAAAACAAUUGACAUAAUUUUUUAGACAUUGACUGUUAAUUUAAAUAUCAAUAAUAGUAAAUAAAGCAAAU